AUGUUUUUCCCAAUAGGGCGAUGGAUGGGCCGAAACGCCUGACUUCUGACUGGCCAAAAGUUUAAAGACGUGCAUUUUCGUUAGGGUCUUAUUUAAAUCUGAGACUGAAGUCACUUAUUAUGGCUUUAAUAUGUAGUAUUCAAAGCAAAACUGCCACUAUACAGCGAAGUUCAAUAUUGGUUUUGAAUUAUCUGCGAAACAACAACAGCAGAAGUGGCAGUGGAGUGUUCCAGCAACAUUGCUCCUUCUUGAGUAGCCAAGAAGUAUUUUUAAAGAAAACACCACUUCAUGACUUUCAUGUGGCACACGGUGCUAAGAUGGUAGACUUUGCUGGAUGGUCUAUGCCGGUUCAGUACAAAGAUGGUCUGAUAGCGGAGCACCAUCAGUGCCGCAACGAUGCAGCCCUGUUUGAUGUUUCCCAUAUGCUGCAAAGUAGAGUUCUUGGAAAAGACAGAAUUAGGUUCAUGGAAAGUUUAAUAGUAGGUGACAUUGAAAGCCUUGUUGAGGACAGUGGCACUUUAAGUGUAUUAACCAAUGAGAAUGGAGGUAUCAUAGAUGAUCUUAUAGUUAGUAAGGUGUCUGGUGACAACCUGUAUGUUGUACUUAAUGCAGGUUGUGCGGAUAAGGACAGAGUGCACAUAGAGGCAAAAUUAGAAGAGUUCCGAUCAACUGGAGGGGAUGUAAACUUUGAGACGAUUCCCAAUCGAUCACUCUUAGCAUUACAAGGACCCAGCAUGGCUAAAGUUUUACAGGCAGGGGUGACAUAUGACCUUUCCACUUUAACAUUCAUGAAGACCGCGGUAAUGAGUGUAUUUGGUAUUCCUGAUUGCCGGGUAACAAGAUGUGGAUAUACAGGAGAAGAUGGAGUUGAGAUAUCCGUCCCCGAUGACAAAGCUGUACAGUUGGCAGAGACCCUCUUGAAUUCAGGCGAAGGGGAUGUGAAGCUAGCUGGUCUUGGGGCAAGGGAUAGUCUCAGAUUAGAGGCUGGUCUCUGUCUCUACGGUAACGAUAUUGAUAAGAAAACCAGUCCGGUAGAAGCUACAUUGGCGUGGACAAUAGGUAAGAGGCGAAGACAAGAAGCCAACUUUCCAGGUGCUGAGAUCAUUCUGAAGCAGUUAAAAGAAAAGCCAAGCCGUAAGAGAGUUGGGGUGAUAUCAAAUGGAGCACCAGCCAGGGCUGGGACACCAAUUCUAAAUGAGGGAGGUGAGCAAGUUGGCCAGUUGACCAGUGGUUGCCCAUCUCCAACGCUUAAGUGCAAUGUUGCAAUGGGUUACAUAGAAACUAAGUAUGCCAAAAACGGCACCCAAGUCAAGCUACAAGUACGCAAGAAACAGGUGGAAGCAAAGAUCAGUAAGAUGCCAUUUGUACCUGCUAAAUACUACACUGGAAAAUAAAAGCAGAGAAAAAGCAGAUAUAUUAUUUAGCAGAGAUAUUGAUUUAUAACAAAACAAAGCUAGCAGUUAUUUUGCGUUAUAAGUACAGCAUGGUUGGGCAAAAUGGAUUGAAGAUAGUCAUACCAUGUUUGGUAUUCUUAAGCUUGUAGAUAUAAAAAUAAUGCAAUUAGUAGGCCCAUAAUGGAUGUGUCAGAACUAGUUUGUACACAUGGUCCAUCAAAUCAGUGGUGUUGCCAGAAGUUUCCCAGUAAGACUAAGCUUUCCAACGGUGUCCUACUGGGUCUAGGGGUAAAUCCCUGGUCACCCUUGGGGAUAAUCCUCCUGGCGGUUAUAAAAGUUUCCCCCAUUUUUGGUCACAGUGGCUUAAUCUCCCUGCCCCCCUUGAUGGUACGGCCACUGUGUGUUACAUGACAACCAAUCACACGAUCAAAAACUCAUUUAAGAAAAAAAAAGGAUUUAUUAAAAGUGCAAACCAAUUCACAAAAAACGUGGUCACAACAGAGCUGCUGUAAUCAUUGUUUAUAUUGUUUUGUCUGUUAGUAGUGAGAAUCCAAAUACUGUAAUGUUGAACACACUGGAUUGUUUAUUUUUUGCUGUUAAAUAAUUACAAUUUUAUAAAAUGAAAAUAAAAUAUGAAUACCUGUAA